UACACCAAAGGGAGCAUGGGUUGUAAAAGCUUGUUUUGUCCAUCAACAGAAUGCCCAAGACUCCAGACACAUGUUGUGAGACAAGAGGAGAAGGAAGGUAGCAAACUGCCUUCAAACCCUGAGGAAGUUGAGGAUUUGCGAUGGGAUACAGCAGUAAAUCCCCUCAUAGCCUUCACUUUCAGUGAGCUGAAGCUAAUCACAGGGAAUUUUAGGCAGGAUCAUGUUUUGGGUGUUGGAGGAUUUGGUAGAGUUUACAAAGGUUUGAUCAGCGAAGAUCUCAGGGAUGGGCUGCAACCCCUUCAAGUAGCAGUGAAAGUCCAUGAUGGUGAUAACAGUCAUCAAGGUCAUAGGGAAUGGCUGGCUGAAGUUAUAUUCCUCGGGCAAAUUUUCUAG